AUGCCGCCCAAGAAAGCAGCAGCAGCCCCCAAGGCCAAGAGUCCCGCGAAGAAGGCUACUGCUGUCAAGAAGACUGCGGCCACCAAGCCCAAGAAGAGCCCCGCUAAGAAGGCUGCUGCCCCCAAGAAGACCGCUGCCCCCAAGAAGUCUCCCGCCAAGAAGACUGCCACUAAGGCCCCUAAGGCUACUAAGCCCAAGGCUGAGAAGGCCCCCAAGGUCACCAAGCCCAAGGCCGAGAAGGCCCCCAAGGCGACCAAGGCAGCUGCCAAGCCCAAGAAGUCCCCUGCUAAGAAGGCGACUGCUGCGAAGAAGACUGCCACCACCAAGGCGACGAAAAAGUAA